AUGGUUUUCUUGAGCUGGGUACGCCCGACUAGCCAAGAUCAAGAAAGUUGCAUAAACAAGUCAGGUACUUUGAAUUAUGAUGAUAAAUAUAAAGGAGCUACUGCUAAAUCUUUCUCUUCCCUUGAACAAGAUAAAGGCUUUUCCAAUGAUGGUUUUUUACUUAAUAAUGCCAGAGUUCUGAUGGGUACUGGUGUUGAUACUUUUGAAAAGGGAAAAACUGCUCUCCGAACUUGGAGGCAUUUUGGAAUGAAUUGGGCAUUUGUUGAUCCGAAAACACCAAUACAACAAGGAGCCAAGUUUUGUAUUUGUGUCAAGGAGUUCCUUCCCUGGCUUAUGAUGCCACUUCAGGUUGUGUAUGUAAAUGAAACUAAAACUACCAAAAACCGCGGCGCCUCCUUUGGUUUUGGAAGUGGAACUCUUCAGGGCCACUUACUGGCGGGAGAAGAACGCUUUUCAAUUGAGAUUGAUGAGAACAAUCAAGUUUGGUAUGAAAUACUUUCUUUUUCGAAGCCUGCACAUGUUUUAUCAUUUGUUGGCUACCCAUAUGUGAUGCUUAGGCAAAAAUACUUUGCCCACGAAUCUGCCAAGGUAAUGCUAAAACACAUUAAUUCAUCAAAAUCAUAA